GUGAGACGCCCGCGCGCUCCCGGCCUCUCUGACACGACAUGCGCCGCGACGGGUACAGCUGGCGUGGCUAGCACAUGGAGCCUCAUCAGUGCCGCGUUGUUACACGUGCCGUUGGCAAUUCGUGGAACCUCCAGGCCAACGGGGCGUGCAUCCAGCCUCCCUCGCGAGAGAACCUGCCUCGCUGACAGAGUCCACCGCUCCGACUCCCGACGCCGCCCACGCCCACCCCCAAGAUGGCCAAGCUGGACGCCGACCUGGACCCACUUUGGCAGGAUCUCGACUGGGCCAUCGGGCAGAUGCUGAUUAUGGGAUGGGAUGGCACCGAGGUCACGCCCCAGAUCCGUAACCUGAUCGAGCAGCACCAUCUAGGCUCGAUACUGUUGACUGCGAAGAACCUCAAAUCUGCCCACCAGACGGCAAAGCUCGUCCAGGAGCUGCAAACCAUCGCCCACCAGGCCGGCCAUCCCCAGCCCCUGUUGAUCGCCCUGGACCAGGAGAACGGCGGCGUCAACAGCCUCUACGAUGAGGACUACAUCUGCCAGUUCCCGAGCGCCAUGGGCCAGGCCGCUGCCGGCAGUUCCGACCUGGCAUACAAGGUCGCCAAGGCCACAGCGACCGAAGUGUCGGCCGUCGGCGUCAACCUGGUUCUCGGCCCGGUGCUGGACGUGCUGACCAAUGCGCGCUACCAGCCACUCGGUGUCCGUGCCACUAGCGACGAUCCCCAGGAGGUCUCGCAGUACGGCAUCGCCGCCAUAAACGGCUACAAGGACGCCGGCGUGGCGACCUGCGGCAAGCACUUCCCCUCGUAUGGGAACUUGGACUUCCUCGGCUCCAGCUUGGACAUCCCUAUCAUCACCCAGACGCUCGAGGAGCUCUCCCUGAGCGCUCUCGUCCCCUUCCGCAAUGCCAUCGCCACCGGCAAGCUGGACGCCAUGUUUGUUGGUGGGUGCGGCAUCACGAACCCGUCCAUGAGCGUCAACCAUGCCUGUCUGUCCGAUCAGGUGGUCGACGACCUGCUCAGGAACGAGCUCGGCUUUCAGGGCGUCGCCAUCUCCGAGUGCCUGGAGAUGGAGGGCCUUCGAACCGAGAUCGGCGUCAAGACGGGCACGGUCAUGGCUGUCGAAGCCGGCUGCGACCUCGUGCUGCUCUGCCGCGCCUACGACGUACAGCUCGAGGCCAUCUCAGGCCUCAAGCUCGGGGUGGAGAACGAGCUCAUCACGAAGGAACGCAUUUAUACAUCCCUGAGGCGGGUCCUUCGCAUGAAGAAGUCGUGUACCUCCUGGCCGAAGGCCCUCAACCCUCCCGGGAUAUCUCUGCUGUCCAAGAUCCAUCCCAGCCAUCUGGCCCUCUCGUUGAAGGCCUACGAUGAUUCCAUCGCCGUCAUACGAGAUAACGAGAAGCUACUCCCGCUGACCAGCUCGAUGCACCAAGAAGAGGAGCUGCUGUUGCUGACCCCCUUGGUGAAGCCGCUGCCCGCGUCGUCCCUGACCAAGGCACUUCUCGAGGCGAAGAGUAGGUCCGAGACGCCGACAAUGCACGAAAAAUGGGCGCACCGCGAUCGCGGAGCCAUCAUGAGCGGCGAAGGCGUGUUCAGGGAGCUCGGAAGAUCUCUCGCUCGGGCCCGACACGGGAAGUUGCUCCACACCUCUUACACUGCGAAUGGGGUCAGGCCAGUGCAUGAAAACUUGAUCAACCGGGCCUCAUGCAUCAUCAUCGUGACGGCCGACGCCAACCGGAAUCUCUAUCAGGCGGGCUUCACGAAACAUGUCUCCAUGAUGUGCUCAAUGCUGAGAGCAAGCGGGCAAAAGAAGUCGCUCAUUGUGGUUUCCGUCAGCUCACCUUACGACUUUGCGAUGGACAAGUCAGUAGGGACCUACAUCUGCACCUUUGACUUCACCGAGACCGCCAUGGCUGCCCUCGUACGGGUGCUGUGCGGCAAGUUCAAGUCGCAGGGGACGUUGCCGGGCACGCUGAGGAAGAGCCGGAAGGCGGUCAAAUCUCGGCAGCACUGGCUUGUUGAGGCUUACGACCGAAACCGAGACGCCAGAGGACUGGACGACCUCCUGCAGUCCCUGGCCAGGGCGAGCGCACCCGCGCACCCGUUCCUCCAAACAACAUCAGCUCAUACGUUCGAGCUGUUUAACCCCAACAUCGAGGAGGCGCACUACGUGGUGCGCAACAGCAGCACGCAGGCUCUGUACGGGUUCUGCGCGACCUACUUCGUCGAAGGCACGGGAAUUCUCGGCGCGCUCUUCGUGGACCCGGCCAAGCGCAACGUGUCGAUCGGCAGAUCGCUGCACCGCAGAGCUUUGCGCGGGCUGACGCAGAAACGGGGCAUCAAGAAGGUGCAACUCGGCAUGCCCUUCCCCGGCGUCUUUCUCGGCAUCCCAGCCGAUGACAGCGCCGGGCUCAAGCAAUGGUUUGCCAACGGCGGCUGGGACCUCCAGUUCCCGCGGCGGCUGGCCAACAUGGCGAUCGGAACGCUCAGCAGCUGGAAGGCGCCCGAGGGCCUGCUGCAGAGCAUCCAGCGGGCCAACAUCAGCUUCGACCUCAUCCACGGCCUGGACAACGCCGACAGCGUGCUCCAUCACGUCAAGGCGCACUCCAACCCGGAGGUGCUCGAGCUGUACCGGUUCGCUCUGCAGGAGACAAAGACAUGCGGCGUCGUGCGGGCCAAGGGCCAUGCCGAAAGCCUGCUCGGAACAGUCAUCAUCUGCAGCCCCGGCAGUGCGCUGGCCGGCUCCAUUCCCCCCUUGCAGCCGUCCGCGUCCGAACACGACGACGAGCCGAUCGGGGGCAUCGUCGCGCCGAUCGUGGCGCCAUCGACGCCGCAGCAGGCGAACCUGGUGCUGCAGGGCCUGGCCCUGAUGGGCCUGCGGCAGAACAAGGCGCACAAGGCGGUCAGGAGCGUGCUGAGCUGGGUGCAGGACGACGCGUGCGAGCCGCUGCUCGCCAUGGGCUUCGAGGUGGUGCAGGCGUUUGAGGAGUUCACCAACUCGCCGGACAAUGUGAGUGUAUCUGUUGCCUUGCUUGCGAGUGCGCCGUUGAUGAUGGGAUGGUGGCUGACCUGUGUUGUCUCGCAGUGGCAAGAUUUGGCUUAGCUUCGUUGUUGACAUGGGAUGAACCCCCCAAGCAGGAGGUCCAGAAUGGGUAAGGUGACUUGAAAUUUAAGGGUUUUUAGGAUUGUUGAAUGUAUGCCGGAAUAUAUGAUUUGGUUGGCCUCCCCACAACCUCACGUUUAAGGUAUUCACUGCGGAUUAUUCCUUUAUCUUUUCCUCUUCAUGUCCACAGCUUGCCUGUCGAAGGGGCGUUGCAAUUGAAUCCACGAUUCCGUUCACAAGACCCCAAGAUACAACGGUAACUCCGGUAUCCGUUCCUGAACGAAGGUUAUCUGUGGACCCCGCAGGAGCUCCCAAAGUUCCC